CAAAAGGAAAGCUCAAGCCCACACAUCCUGAAAAAAGGAGAUCGGGUGUCCAUCCUUUUCGAAUGGCUGCUUGGAAGUUUUACAAGUCCAGAGUUUUGCAGUGGGGCGCGUGAUUAUCUGCAGUAUCCACCUUAUCCGCCAAGCUGAGCAGUGAUGACCUCUCUUUCAUGGUGGUUGGCAACCCCCUCCACCGCCACCUCCACCGCGUUUAAGACAUUUUGUCUACUUCCGCCGCCUGGGAAAGCUGCAACAAACUGUUUGAGUUUCCGCGCGAAGGACUACGAGAAGCUCAUAGCUAAAGCCCACGGGAGAUCUGUGAACUCUCAGUGCCAUUUGUCGAGCAAGAAGGACAACGGUAAGAAUGUACGGUGCACGGCGGCCGCGGAGCAGAAGUCGACGCUUGAGGGGUCGAUACUGGAGUCGCUUUCCAAUGGCAAGUUCAGGAUCCGAUUAGAAAACGAGGACGUGAUUAUCGGUUACAUUUCCGGCAAAAUCCGGAAGAAUUUCAUCCGUUUAUUGCCUGGAGACAGAGUAAGGGUUGAAGUUAGUCGAUAUGAUUCGAGCCAAGGACGGAUAAUCUUCAGGCUCCGCGGCAAAGAUCCGAAUUAGGAAUAGUUACUGGCGUGGAGUUUUCUGUUUGUAUCAGUAUGGUUUGCUAGGGUUGGGAGAAGGACGUACUAUGAGAGCUGGUGUACUUAUUUGAUUCAAACUGUUGAAGUAACAUUUUUGCACAAACUAUUCUCCUAUUAUCUUUCCAUUUACAUGCCAAAUGUGAGGAAAUCUGAUUCAAGUUAUUGUCCAACUUCAAAAAUGAUACUCAGAAGUCAAAACUAUUGUUCAAUUAGUCCAAAUGCUAUGGUUGUGGGAACUAAAUCUUUGACCAAUGACCAUCUUUUGCUUCUAAAAACUAUGGGAGUAAAUACUGAAAUGUCUUCCAUGGAUAUGUACCAUCUAUUUAUUCAUUUGCAGUAGGCUGUUGCUACAUAUUCUCCCAUGGGCUUCUGUCUUUUGGAACAUACAAUAUAUCUGGAUGUCUAGAUGGAUAAAGAAAAAACCAUGCACCUCAUCAAGCAAAGGUAAGAAAAGAAAACACAAUGCCUGUACAAGGAAGCUUACUGAUGAUAAGAUACAAAACACAAAAGUAUAUCCAUGACAGAGACUUGAAGUUACUAGCUUUAGUUUUGUUGGUUAAAUAUGACUUCCUAUCAAAUGCCACGCCUACUAAUUCGUAAAAAGAUAUUAAAACUAUUGAUUGUUCAUGCAAUCAUGAGUGUCUCAAUGGAAUAGCCUUGUUCUCAUAGUUUUCUACUGGAUAUAUAUGAGUGAAGGUUUUGAUUGUUUUGCUCUGCAUGAUUAAAUGUGGCAUGUUUGUGUUCCCCCUAGUCUUUGAUGAAGUGCAAUGACAUAAUGUACGUUGAUCCUUGGAAAAAUGGCC